UUCUUGAGUGAAAAACUGAUUUUCUAAAUUAAUCAAUAUAAAAGUGAUUGUAUCAAAUUUUACAAAUUAAAUAAAAUAUUUGUUUCAAAUUGAUUUUUUUUUUUAAAUUUAAUAUUAAUCUUUUUGGAAAAAGUUUUUAUUAAGUGUAAAAUACCUUAACUUACAUUAAUUGACUUAUUCUAAUAUUUCGGAUAUAUUUAUUUUCUCUUUUAUAAUUUUGUUUUUAGAAAAUAAGAAAAUCUAAAGGCAGAAAAGAAAGAUCUUGAGUUAACAAAAAAUUAAAUUAUGAGCACUGACAUUGUUGGUGUUACAUCAUCAUGGAAAGAAUCAUCUUCACCGAUUUCAUCAUCAGUAUUCACAGAAACGUCAACAUUCCAACAACAUCAUCUUCAUCAUCAAUUAAUAACAACAGAUCAAAGAAUAAUAUCACAUUUAAAUCAAGAAAACGUCGAGAGUCACAAUCAUCAUUUUCAAAAUCAAAAUCAUCAUUUUCAACAUCAUCAUUUACAUCAUCACGGCGUUGCAUCAACAGCAUCAUCAAAUAACAGUAAUAGUUCAGAAAGCAUUGCCAGCAAUGAUGCAAUAUAUAAUGACGAAGAAGAAGAUGACGAUGACAAUGAAGAGAAUUUGACAAUUUUUAAUUCAUUUUACAAUCAAAAUAAUUUUGAUGAUCAACAAAAUGAUCAAAAUAGUAAUAUAACACUUAACAAAAAUUUUAAUAAUUUUAAUAACAAUAAUAACGAUAAUAAUAACAAUAAUAGUAAUGAAAAUAAGCAGCUGCAAGAACAAAAAAAACAACAACAACAAAAUCAUAGUAAUAAUUUAUUCAAAACAAAUGAGGAUUUAGAAAAAAAUCAAAGAAAACAUAGUCGCAUAAUUGAUGACAUAUUACAUGACUUUAAUAGUGUGUCCAGUCAUGCAGAUGAUGUUGUAUUAGGACAAAAUACAACUAAUAAAAUAACAGAAGAGCAUUCUACAACAAGCAACGAUAAAAAUUUUCUGAACGUUUCAAACGUUGAAAUAAAUGGAACUGCUGUUGAAAUUUGUGAAAGUCAGCAUUUAUCGGUUCCACAAUCGCGUUCGCCAGCAACUUCAGUUUCAUCAGUAUCUUUACCACCAGUUCCUGAUUUAAUACCAAUUAAAAAAUCUUUACAAAAUAACAACUGCAAAUCAAUAAUGGCACCAUUAACGAACAGAAAAUCUAAAAAGAAAAAACAAGCUGAAUCAGUAUCAUCAAAAACCGAUUCAGAUAAGGUUGAGACAGGAAUUGAUAAUACUUCAAAAAUUCCUGAAAAUAUUCCUGAAAAUAAUAACAUUCAUAAGCCUAUUUGUAGCAAUAAAAGUAAUUGUAAUCGUAAUAAUAAUAUAUGUUAUAACGAUGAUAACAAUAGUAGUAAUAACAGCAAUGAUAUGAAUAUUAGUAUUAGUAAUAUUAAUAAAACUAAAAAUAGUAAUAGGAAAUCUAGUCAAAAUACAAAAAGUAGAAAAAAUGUAAAUAAUAGUAAAAACAAAAAUAUACCAAAAGAUAACAAACAUAUUCUAAAUUAUGAGCAGCAAUUAAUAAAAAUUAAUAGUCAAAACUUUAAAGAACCAUUGCAUUCCGAAUUAUCAUCAUCGAUAUCAGUGAAGAUAGCAAAAAAUGAUGAUAGUAAAACUAGGACCAUUAGUAAUAAUAUUGAUGUAAUAAAUUCAUUGCAACAUCAAAAUUCAGAAGAAAGUGAUGAAGUUAAAAGCACAUGCACUAUUGAUUCAAAUAAGGAAAAUAAAUUAACUACAUCAUUUAAUACAAUAUUACCAUCAAACAGUUUUUGUGAUAAAUCUUCAUCCUCAAAUUUAAAAUUAGACAAUCAGCCAUUAACGUCGCCAAUUUUGUCAACACCAAUACAUGUUAACACGGAAACAAAUAACAAUAUCGAUAUACAAAAAUGUGAAACAAAUAAUACCACUCUUGAUAAUUCUACAAAGGUAGGUCCUAAAAAACGGGGUCGAAAACCUAAAGAUAAGACUGAAAUAACGACAGAUAAUAUUCUUGCUAAUGAAGAAUAUGAUCCUUCGGGAUUGCAACCUAGGAAGUCAGCAAGAAAACGAGUGGCUAGAGAUAUAUUCUUUUUAUUUGAAGAAUACCCAGUUGAUGUACGCAGACGCACGACUAAAAAUACUAACAAUAAAACAAAAAGACCUCGGGGCCGGCCUAAAUCCAAAUUUUCAUACUUAACUGUAGAAGACAAUGCCUCAAUUUUAAGACAUCAAGAUGAUAAAAAAGGUAAAUUAAAACAAAAUAAAACAAUACCUCAAUCAAAGUCUGUAACAUUUGCUGAUACCAAAGUGUCACAAUCUGAAUGUGGAAGUAACUAUACAACACCGAAAAAGCAAAAGAAAAAGCAAAUGGAAAAGAUAAAAGCACAAAAAAAUGAUACUUUUGGAAAAAGCUCGAAAUGCAGCAAGAAAACAAAUAAAAAAUUACUGAAAACUAAAGCAAAUAUCCAGUCACCAAACAAUGAUGAUUUUCAGUCAGAAAUGCAACAGCUAAACAUUGUUAAUAAAGGAAAUUGUAAAAUUGAUCCCCUUAACGAUUUGUUUAAUAAAGUUGUUGGAAGCCGAAGUUCUACUACAAUAAAUGAAAUUUCAAAGUCGGAUGAAACUUUUCCUAAUUUUGGGAAAAAUAUUGAAAUGGGAAAUAGUAUAUUACUGCAUAACGAAAAAGAGACUGAAAAUCAUAAUAAUGACAGCUUAUCUGAUAUUAAUUCAGAAAAUCAAAACUCUAUCAUAAGUUCCCAUGGCUUUCACACAGAGACAGAAUCGAUCGAUGAGAUCAUAGAAGAGCCUACCAACGAAAUUAAGUAUCGUCUUAAAUCGCCAGUACCUGAUAUAAAUUGCAACAAGGUAAAUGAAGAUGAAGUACUGGAUCAACAAAUUAGAUGUCGUGAAAAAACUCCUAUUACACCAAUUGUUCAAGAAGAAAUUAUUUUACCGAAAAUUCCCAAAAUUAAAAUAACUGCAACACCUGUACAUAAAGUUUCCUAUUCAUCUUUAACAUUUGAUGACCCACCAAAAAUUCCUAAAUUAACAAUUUCAGCUACUCCAAAGCACAAACCAUAUUAUUCAUCAUUUUCAUUUGAUGAUUCAUCCAAGAAGACUGCAGCCACUCCCAUACACAAGUUUUAUACAUCUUCAUUAUCUUUUGACGAUUCAAAAAGCAAAGCAGCUGCUACACCAAGGCAUCAACAAUGUUACGCUCCAUUACUUUUUGAUGAUCCUAAUCCCAUAACUUCAACACCAAAGCAUAAGCCAGGAUCAAUGGAGCAACCUGCAAUUCCCAAAUUAAGAAUAGUAGCCACACCUAAAUAUGUACCAAAUUAUCCACCACUAUCAUUUGACGAAACACCAAAGGUACCAAAAUUAACUAUUUCUGCAACACCCAAACACAAAACCACUUACACAGCUAUUUGUAUGGAUAACGAGCCAACAAAAGUUCCAAAAUUAACAAUAUCUGCAACACCAAAACACAAGCCGUAUUAUGCGUCUUUCACAUUUGAAGAACCAAAUGCUCGAAUUGCGGCUACCCCCAGGCACAAAACUUCAUACUCGUCAUUGUCUUUUGAUAGUGAACUAAAAUUUUCUGGUGCCAGUACACCUCGACACAAACCAUGCUACGCACCUUUAGUUUGCGAUGAACCAAAAGUGCCAAAAUUGACUAUAUCCGCAACACCUAAACAUAAAGUUUCCUUUGCUUCAAUUUCUUUCGAGGAGCCUAAAGUACCAAAGUUAACCAUAUCAUCUACACCAAAACAUAAGACGUCUUAUGCUUCGUUAUCAUUUGAUGAACCAAAAGUACCAAAAUUAACUAUAUCAGCUACACCAAAACAUAAACCGAGUUAUGGUUCGUUCAAUUCUUUGGAAGAACCUAAAAGUAAAAUAGCUGAAACAGCAAAUCAAACAUCCGUUUAUGAACCAACAGAAUUAGAUGAACCAACUAUAACGCCUGUACUUGCUGGACCAUGCGCAACACCGCGGCAUAAGCCAUGCUAUGCACCUCCAUCUCCCCCACCGCCUCUUAACUUAAUGUCAUCAGAAAUUGAGCUACAGAAAAAUUCUGAUAAUGAAAAAAAUUUAGAAGAUAAAAGUGAACCAUCCGCACAAACCAUCCAGAAACAAAACAUCGAUGAGACUCCCUUUAAUGAAAACGCGCUGGGAGAUAAUUCCAUAUCUGACAUGAGGAAACAUAAGGAAUAUUACGAUCUGAAACCAGUUACAAGAUCUCAGAGAAAUCCAUCACCUGAAAAAGUUGACUCUCAAAACUCAAUAGUCCCAAUCGAAACAAAUUCAGCAGAAGUUCCUAUUAUAACAGAAAAUGUUUCCUCUAAACAGAAAGCGGUCAGACAAAAAACAGCAAGUCUGAUAAAGGAAUUGCCAAAGAAUCUUUCAAAUUUAAAAACUAAUAAAAAAUUACCAUCAACAAAAGCUAAUGGGCGCAACAAAGUAAAUCCAAACAGUAAAACAAAGGCUUCCGAACAAAAUACAUUAUCUAAAAUUGACUCUAUAACACCUACUAGAGUUAAUCCCAUUUUCCUAUGGGUAAAACAAGAUGACACCAGAAUAGUGGAGGUUCGGUGUGAAGAUUAUGAUAAACGAAAUCGCAUAAAAUUGACAAAAACAUCAAAUGGAUCAUGGAGAGCAAUACCAAGAACAGAUCCAACCUCGGCUAAAUUAGCUAAGGCUAUACCAUCUAUAAAAAUCAAACAAGAGAUAUAUCAUUCCCAAAAGGACGUGGAAGAUCAGUUGGAGUGUAAUACCGUUCAACCCUUACAAGAAAAUAUUGCCAGUAAUACAGAAACUUUAACAAACGUACAUCCUGAUUCCAAAAAACAGUUAAAGAAAUUACUACUUACAAUGAAUACAAAGCAGAAUAAAAAGAAAAAGAAGAAGAAGAAGAAAAAGCAUAAACAAAAAAUUCAAAAAUCAACAAUAGAAAAAGAGUUAGAAAAACCAAAAUUGGUGGAACCAAGUAUGGAACCAACUCCUAUCGUAGAACCUACAACUAUUGUACCACCUGCUAUUGUUGAGGAACAUAGCGUUACACCCGCUAAUGAAAGCUUUGCUGUUGACUUCCCUAUAGAAAAUCCACCAGAAUUGCCAAUAAAUGUUGAAGAAGACAAAGUUGAAGAAAUAAAUGAGUUACCGAAAACAAUAGAGCCUAUAAGCCAAUUAGCAAUUGAAGUUGAAGAAGAAGGACCAGCUCCAACCCCGCCUCCAUUUAUGUCCCCUUCAAAUACGGACGUUAUUGUAUACGAAAGCACAAAUCAUGAUAGAAGUGACGAAGUGGACGAAGAACCCCCAGUGUGCCAAAAUACAAACAACAAUGUUGAAAACAAUACUGUCACCAUCGACAUAAGCCAAGAAGAUCAAGAUCAGCCUCAGGAGUUGAAUAUUACACCUAUCAAUAGCUUUAUGAACUCUUCAGCUAUCAUGUCAAACUCUGCUGCAAUCAGCGAAAAUGAAAUAACAGCUGAUUUGACAAAGAAUCUUACAGAGCUUAGCGAUGACGAUAUCGAAUUACAAAUACCACAGUUUAUGGUUCACCACCCUGAUAAAGAUUUUGGAAGGCAAUUAAUGAAUUUGUGCCAAAAUAACAACGUUUUUGAAAAUGUCAAUAGCCACAACAAUACUACAAGCAAUAACAUAAACACAAACGCACAAGUACAAGCCAUUCACCCACAGUCUUCACAACAUAUUGUUACCGCAGUGCCAAACAUUUCAACUAUAACACCACCCAUAUUUUCAAAUUCUAAUAGCAAUAAUAAUAACACCAAUAUUAAUAGUAACAAUGAUCAUCAAGUAACUUUGUCUGAUAGUUUUGAUCCAACCGAUGUUGAUACAAAGCAUUUAAAAGAUUUACUCGAUGACGCAGAUUUAUUGCAAAAUUGUGAUAAUGCAAUGACAGGAAAUGAAAUAAUUGAUUCACUAGUUAAACGAAGAUGUGAAGAUAAUCAUAUAUCUUUAGAUGAUGAACCAAGCGGUCACAAUGACCGUCAAGAAAAAAGUAUCAAUCAAGGUUUGGAUAACGCAACUACAAUAUGCCUUGACGAUUUCGAGAAUGAAAAUGAAAACAUGUUAAUGCGGCAGGAACCUGUAGAUGACAUUAUUUGUAGACUAAAUGAUACGUUAGCCCCUUCACCAAAGUGCUUGUCCUUCAACGAAGCUGGAGAAAUUGAAGGUCUACACGGUGAACUAUUUCAAACAAAUACAAACUCAGAUCCAUUUAAUCGUGCUACACUAGAGGAGCUUUCAAUAACAAUCAAGGAUCUGGAGAAAACUUCCCAACCUUAUAUGAACGAGCAGCCAAAUAAACCAAAAUCAAACAUAACUUCAGAAAGAAGUAAAAAUACGGUUUCCCCAGAUUCUUGUGCGGAUGAUAUUCCUAAAGAUUUGACAUGUAAAAAACCAGAAGACGAUGUGCAAAUAAUUGAAACAAGCAAAAAAUCUACUCCAAUUAUAGAAAAUCAAGUUGAAAGACCUAAUUCAAGGAGCUCCGAUGCUAUACAAUCGCCACAACCUAGUGGAUUACCCGCUGUACCACCAUCACCAGAUUUAAUUCAUACUAAAACUAAGAAUCUAUUUUUAGAUCAAAUAUUAAACCCCGCUACCUCUUCUAGUCCUAAACUAUGCUCUUCACUUACCGUUACUCCUAUUAAAGUUCCAAGUAGUACGACUAUAACUCAAGUGCAGCAAAAAGAGCCUUUGGACUUAGGAAAGCACCGCAAGUCGGCAAGUCCAACUGUAACUUGCUCUGAAGAAGCGAAGCGUACCCACAAUAAUAAUAAUAAUAAAACAAAUACAACAGCCGCACCAGCAAGUUCGACAUCAAAUACUAUUGCACAAAAUCUCGAAAUCAUUGAUGUUGAUGCAUUACAUCCUGAACCGCCAUCGAAACGUUUGAAACAUGAACAAGAAAAUUUAUCGCAAUCUGUUUCUGCCAAUAAUUCUAAUAAUAGUGUCAAUAACAAUAAUUGCAAUAAAAAGAGCUAUACAGAAAAUCUGAUGGACAUGUUAUCAACAGGAAAAGAUCCUGAUCCACUAACUCAGCUUCGCUUAUUAAUAUCAAAUCCUGAAUGGAAAGUACCAGAUCCUAUUUUAGUACCCAAGGAUCGUUUAAAUGCAAUAUUAGCUUCUCCAGCAAGGGAAAUUCCAUUACUUCUUACAACACGAAAAGAAUUGAGAUUGCCAGAAGCAUUUGCAUAUCCUUCAAUUUUACAGGAUCCAGAUAUAUUGGUUAUAUCGAUGGCGCAAUUAGAAGCAAUUUUACAGAAACAAGUUGAAAUUCCUAGGUCUAAGCCUGCACAACCUGUUAUGGUAACGCCACAGGUUACUAUUGAACCUGUGCCAAAUCCUAACGCCAGCAAUAAGAGUAUCCAACGACCUGAAAAAUCUGCUCCACAGAUUCAUACUACGGCUACAACAGAUAUUCAGCCUCACAUGAAUGAAGAAAAUUCAGUCUCUAUUCCUACAGAAAAUGCAUCAAAGAAGACAAGCGUAAACUCAAACACAAAUAAUACGCCUGUAGCAGCAAACUUUGCAGCUGCUGCUGCAGCUAAGAAUUUAUUAAAUAAUCCCUUAGCACCCUUACUAGCUUCAGCUGGUCUGGCUAGUGAAAUAGACGCUGCAACAAUGGCUGCAUUUAAUCAAAUGUUAUGGUUACCUUAUUUGGGACAGAUGGCACCAGAUCUAUUUAAAGCUAUGAGUAACUUGCAAAAUAAUAAUAACUCUUCUAAUAAUAGCAAUAAUAACUUAGCAGAGCUACUACCACUAUUACAAGCACAACAACAAGCUGCAGUAGCUGCAGCAGCACAGCAAAGCGUUCAAACAAAUACAAAUCAAUUCAAUCCCCUAACGGCAGUAGCUGCCGCUGCAGCUUUGCAGAAUCCAAUGGCUGCUGCAGCUGCGUUACAAAAUCCUAUGGCUGCAGCCGCCGCUUUUCAAAAUCCAUUAGAAAUGGCUAUGUGGCAACAAGUGCUUACCCAGGCUCAAAUGCAAAGAAUCCUCAAAUUGCAGCAAGAGCAACAGAAGCAGCAGCAGCAGCAGGCUGCUGCGGCUCUACGAGAGCAAGAAUUGAAAAAAAAGCAAGAAGACAAACUCAACGCGCAACGGAAUUUAGCGGCUUUGUUUGCAGCUCAAAAAGAGGCUGAAAAUAAAAAAUUGCUUAAUGAAAUACAACAGAAAUCUCAACAAAUGCAACAAUCACAAAAUCAGAAACAAAGAUCCAUGAUUGGUAUCAAUCCAUUCCGUCAGGACCACAACCGGAAUACUCAACGUCUCUCGACUUCAACCAGUAAUAAUUCAGAUAAAUCGAAUAACGCUCGGCCAAUCAACCCAUUCCAUCAAAAUUAUACUCCAGGUGGUGUAGAUAUAACACCUGUUUUAAGAAGUAAUAAAUCACAACCAAAAUCGAAUAUGAACCACUCGAAUCAGAUUGACCAAAAACCGCGUUUAACAUGUAAAUCUCUCACUAAUUUGUUGCAACCUGAUCGAGUUUUAAAUCCAGCGGCUGCUGCUGAUAAUAAAAUGGCGAAUUUAAUGGCAAUGCCAGGAUUUGAUUUUAAUUUUGCCGGUGCAACCAAUCCAUUCCAAAAUCAACAUAAUUUUAAUAGCAAUAACAGUAUAAAUAAUAAUAAUAGCAAUAACAUAGUGAACAAUCAGUCUCAUAAUUAUCAUCAAAGUCAUUAUAAUUCUUCUUCCUCGUUAGGAACAUCAUCAUCAUUGGGAUCUUUAACAAAUCAAUUAAAUCAAAGAUCUCACAACAAUAAUAAUAAUAAUAAUAAUAAUAAUAAUAACUCAAAUAAUAAUCACAAUCAUCAACAACAACAACUUCAUCAUCAGCAACAAUUACAACAUCAUCAUCAACAACAACAACAACAUCAUAAUCAAUCAGCAAAAUUAAAAGUGAAAUCGGGAACUCAUCUUUUAGACCCGAUAGCAAUGCAACGUCGUUUACUAAAUUGCUCUAAUAAUGGUGAUGAGAGUGGAACAGAAGUUGGAAGUACCACAAGUAGUUUAGACGAUAUUAUGAUGAGUGAUCCAAAUGCUGCUCUUUGGCAUCCAUUAUUCGGCAGUGCACAAAAAAAUACGGCAGCAACAGCAGCAGCGGCGGCAGCUGCAGCAGCAUCAGCAUACUCAAGUCCAUGGCAAUGGACAACGGUAACAGCGAGUGGUGAAUGACAUAUAGGGGCUCGUAAAGAGCCCGGAGUUAAU